ACUAAUUCAUCAAAAGGGCGUGGAAAUCCAUGGCCUCAAAAACUUCAAUGGGGAAGCCACCAGUCCCCCUCUUCCAAUCGAAGCUGCUCUGUUUCUCCCUGCUCUACCUCUUCACCGCCCUGUUCCUGGCCCUCUACACCUCUCUCUCCCCCACCAGAUGCCUCCUCCGGUCCUCCCCCUUCGACCCCCUCCAGACCCCUCUCUUCUCUUACCCUCCCGCCUACGGCGAGCACAAGUACGCCCUCCCGACCGCCCGCCCAUCCUGCUCCUCUCCCGUACUCUUCUCAGAUUAUUUGGAAGCGGUCAGGGAGAUCGGAGAUUUGUGCGCGAAUUCUUCGUGGUUGUCGACGGCUUCGCCGCCGCCUCCUCUGAGGUACAAGCAGGGCAGAGAUGACAACUUUGGAGGAAAGUUCACCGCCCGAGAGCGGUUUUCUUAUUUCGAUCAUCGCAACGACAGCGUUGAAGUUCCCUGUGGAUUCUUUAAGGAAUUCCCAAUCAGCUCGGACGAUAGGGAGGCCAUGGAGAAAUGCGACGGAGUCGUCGUUGCCUCCGCCGUAUUCAACGACCACGACAAGAUCCGUCAGCCGAGAGGGCUCGGAUCCCAAACCCUCGCCAGCGUAUGCUUCUUCAUGUUCGUCGACGACGCCACCGCGAAAGUCCUCGAGAGCCACAGCCUGAUCUCCCGGAGCUCGGGAGCGGUGCGCAAGGUCGGAGCAUGGAGGGUCGUGGAAGUGGCAGGCGAGCGCCUGUACGUGGACCCGGCGAUGAACGGGGUGAUCCCGAAGCACCUGGCGCACAGGCUGUUCCCGAACUCGAAGUUCAGCGUGUGGAUCGACGCGAAGCUGCAGAUGGCUGUCGACCCGGUCCUGCUGGUCCACUCGCUGCUCGUGCGGGAGGGCGCGGACAUGGCGGUGUCGAGGCACCCGUACUUCAAGCACACCAUGGAGGAGGCGAUGGCCACCGCGAGGUGGAAGAAAUGGCGGGACGUGGAUUCGCUGCAGAAGCAAAUGGAGACGUACUGCGAGAACGGGCUUCAGCCAUGGUCGCACAACAAGCUUCCAUACACUUCAGAUGUGCCGGACAGCGCCCUGAUUUUGAGGCGGCACACUCCGGCCAGCAACCUCUUCUCGUGCCUCUUGUUCAAUGAGCUGGACGCAUUCAACCCGAGGGAUCAACUGGCCUUCGCAUAUGUGAGGGACCUCAUGAGCCCCAAGCCCAAGCUCCACAUGUUCGACGUGGAGGUGUUCGAGCAAGUCGCGUUGGAGUACCGGCACAACCUGAAGCGCGGCGGCGGGGGGCCCGGGGGGCCAAGGAGGACGAAGAGGGCGGGCUCUCCGGAGUCGUCCGGGAACGGCAGCUUCGGCGGCGGGUGUCGGAAGUAUCUGGAGGAGAUGUGGGGGUGAAUCCCACAAAUUGAUUCUCUCAACAGGGACAAAAGGUUGAACUGCCCAACCGCAUUUCACGAAAGCGGAAAAGCUGCCAAGAGAUCACAGGUUGUCAGGCACUCUUUUGUUUUUGUCUCGCGGAAUGGUGAUGCGCCACGUGUCAUAAAUGGGCACGAACUCUUCGUUUUGUCGUGCAGAGUGGGGCCCAGUGGUGUUGACAUGGGGAAAAGAAGACAAUCGAAUGGAGAGGGGGGAAACCGGAAAAAGGGGCGGAAAAGAGGGAGAUGCUGUUUGAUUUAGGUAGAUAUAAAUUAUUUAUGCUGUCGGAUGGCUAAAUUCAAGUUCAUAUGAAGAACAUGUGGGGUCGUAAACAUGGUCAUCGAAUUUGUUGUAAACUUUUCGACGAUUCGAGGAAUAAGAUUCAAUUCAUUCAAUUUAA